CCAUGUGCCACGACGCUUCCGGCGACAGUAGUUCUAUGUGGUUGUCAGGAUCUAUUCUUGUUCCGCCUCGUCUCCCCUUCCUACUAAUGGAUACGGCUGACUGCGGAAGUGCUUCAUUUCUUCCUUUGCUUUUGUAUUUCUCGCUCGGAUGCUCUUUGCCCAACCUGCGACACCGGCGCCUCCAUCGCCCGCACGCAUUCCUUUCCCGUGGAUAAGCGCCGCUGCCAUCUUCAGCCGCGUAGACACAAGCGUAAGCUCUGAGUGGACGUGAAACGCAACAAAGUUUGAAACUCGAGUGCGGCUGCUUGACUGUCGGGCAAAGACAGAAAACAGCCUCAUCCAGCGGUGGGCACCUCCCUAUGCAACAUGCUUGUGCGUGUCUCCUUCACCGCCAGCUCGCCUAGAAUCCUAUUAAUCCGUGCAGCUGGGCGGAAGCAUAUCCAUCCUGUGGGUACUGCCCGACUGCCAGGAUUGCAGCCGUUCUUUCAAACCCGAACGACGGAAGAAACGACCCAACCGAACGCCCCGUCUGGCCAAAUGAGAGCCAAGGGGGCAAUGCAGCGUUUAUUGACCUCAACCAAACCGCCGCUUCUAAAAGCCAGCGCAAGCUUUCCACCAAGCACAGCCCGGUCAGCGAGAUGAUCCCGAGCACAUCAUGACAGCCCCGGCUGGCCACAUCUAUUUCUGGUCGCGGCUGGUUAGGCAUGGCGUCAAUCGCUGCUUCCCCCCGCCUACCAAACACGUGCCGACCCAGGGGCGUAACUGGGACAAGAACACGGGGUCGGCUGCGAAUUAAGGCAGAGGAAAUGCCCCAAUGCGCUCCAGAUUGCGCGACACGCAACAGUACCCCGCCGUUCCUCGCCACCAGCACAGCGCCUUCGCAAUCGUACCAACACCCAGGUUGGGUUUAGUUGCUUCUUGGGACUUGCCUGCUUGGCAAGUUCAGCAGGACUCUCUCUGCCUGGAUCAUGGCAAAUGACACCACACCUCUACCCUACGGCCUACCCAUCCAGUCGAUGUGUAGGUGGCGCCUUCUGUAGCCUGCCUGGAUCAGCUUCCAGGUUUGGCGGGUAGGUAGCGCAGAAACGCGCGCUUCCAGCUCCCUGGCUUCGGCACCCUGCGCUGCUCAAUCACGGCAGAGCCGACAGGACGCCGUGAGAGAUUAGAUAUCGCCGCCGCCAAUCCCCGCCAUUUGGUAGGUACCUAGGUAGGUAGGUUGUCUGCUAACAGGCUGGUCCGGUGGUCCUCGCACCCAUCUCGUCGCGCGCUUCGCCCUUCAAGCUAGCCCACCCGUCGUCUCGAUCUCUACUUGCCCAACAGGCAUCGCGCCGGGCGAGCAGCUCUCCGCCCUGGCGAAAUGUCACUGGUCCAGGUCAGAUGAACACUGUCUGUCCAAGUCGGCGGCUGGUGUAGCACCCCUCCCACCCUUUUGACACUGCUCCCGCUCCUCGGGACUUGCCCCUUUCCUCUCCCGGUUCUGCCGCUGGCCGCCUUGUUUUCAAUACCACGGCCAGAAACGGGCCUGGGAGCUCUUCGCGCCCGGCGCGCGAAGCCGCCCGCCCAACGCAGCGCAUGCGACAAGCAGCGCCCUCAUCUUUUUCCAUGCCCCCCUCUUGCUCCUCCAUCCACUUUCUCUGACCCCCUUCCAUCGCUUUUCAUCCAACAAUCCAUUCUCAAUUCCUCCCAAACAAUCCUAAAUCAUCAAAAUUACCUUUCGCCCAGCCAUACGAAUCCCAUAUCUCUCUCUGAAUUUUUAACGGCAGAGCUCCAAUUUUAGGCCCAGACGCCGACUUUGCCCAUAGCAGCAGCCGCCCUACCUCAUACACCGCAGACAUGGCUCGUGAAGGCACUCGCUCGGCGACCGGCAACUCGAAGCCGCGCGUCUUUCCCGUCGUGGAUACCGCCCCGACCAUCACGCGCAAAAAGACCACCAAGCCCAAACCUGCUGCUGCCCACGACACCAAGACGAAGCCUGCGCCUGGUGCUAAAAGCGCGAAACCCGCCGGCGUGACCAAGAGGAAGGCUACCCCCAAGGCGGAGGGCCCUGUUACGAAGAAGGUCAAGACGGCCACCGGUAAGGUUGAGGGCAAGCUUGAAAAGGUAGUAAAGGAUACCAAGCCGAAGACGACAACCAAGAAGAAGGAGCCCGUGGUCUAGAUCACUGCGGAGGCUGUUAGGCACGGGAUUUUCCUCCGUUUAUCGAGUGUUUCUUGCGUCUAGAUGGCGAACCUGGAAGCUUCCACAUUCACCAUCUUGUAAUACUCUGAUGUUUGAUAUCGACGCCAUAUAUCCCCCGUACUCGCCCUCGCCCUUCGGUUCAUCUAUCCUAUAUUUUGUACCGUGUCUCACCAGACGAGAACCCCGUUGCUUUUGGUUGAACCGAUGACCCGCCUUGCGGAGGCUUUGGGAUAUUGAGGUCUGCACUUUCCAGCCCCCUAUAUUUUUCCUCUCUAUGUAUCGCAAUACUCUCUGUUUCGGUAUAUAUUGCCGUUUCCCCGCUACUUGCCAUCCACUUUGGCCUCAUGCAUCGUAGGCUGCUGCCGAGCGAGUUCAGCCGUCCCCGGUCUCUAGUCUCUCGUCGCUCAUUCUUUCGCUAAUGUUCUUGUAUCCCUCCGAUCAAACUGUGUUAUCGGUUGCCCAG